AUCAGAGGCUAAUCACUUGCAAUAUAGGGUGUGUAUGGAAUGUCUGUGGUGAAAAUAAUUAUUAGAUAUAAUUUUCCAAGAUUACCUAUAGAUAUAUAUCCAGCCAGUGAAAUAGUUGGCUACUAUAAUUAGAUCUAUUCAGCUGCAGCCUACAUUGGUCUCACUCUGGUGGUGAAUGUAUUGGGUGGAAAACUGAAAAUAUGGGACAGAGACAGUCCGCUGAGCAACAGGCUGAGGAGUUAAGGGAGGCUGCUAGAGAUAAAAGUAUCGAGUCCAAGCAGGUCGAGGAGUUAAUGGAGGUUGCUGGAGUGAAAACUACUGAGUCUAAGCAACAGGCUGAGGAGUUAAGGGAAGCUGCUGGAAUGAAAGAUAUGUCCUCUGAAGAUAAUCCCGCUGAACAACUCUGGGUGGCAAGUCGUGAUGGCCUUCAUGACCAGGUUGAAGAUCUCUUAAAGAAAGGAGGUAACCCUAACAGUGAAUAUUACAAGAGAACGCACAACGGGUCGACGCCAUUACAUCAAGCAUGCUGCAACAAUCACCCCCAAACUGCAAAGCUGCUACUACAGAAUGGUGCUUACUUGAAGAGUCUGAAUUCAGAUAAUGACAUUCCGCUCAAAGUUGCUGUCAUCAAAAAGAGUAUGGAGUGUGUCAAACUACUUAUGGAUCACUGCUCUUCCACUGAGCCAGUUAAUGAUGCUGGUGACACUCCACUCUCUCUGGCCUGUGCCAAUGGCCACGUGGACAUGAUCAAAUAUUUUGUGGAGGAUCAACAUUGUAAUCCUAAAAGGACAGUGAACAAGGCUGGUGACACUCCACUCUCUCAGGCCUACAAAGGUGGACACUGGGAAGUGGUCAAGUAUCUCGCCAUCACUCAUCACUGUGAUACAAAAGGUCUCCUCUUAUUAGCAGUAAAGGAUGCUCAGAAAACAGGAGUGGAGUUUCUACUGGCAGAAUGCCACAGUGAUCCGAAUAUGAUCGACAAAGAAGGCAAGACACCUCUCGAUUUGGCCAGCAACCCUGAUAUAAUAAAGCUCCUCUUGAAACAUGGAGCCAAGGCUGCCAAUGUCUACAAGGAAUACAGGAAGCACAUAGGAACACUUUCUUUUGAGCAACCCCCACACCUUCCUCUGUCUGUGCUCAUCAUUGGCGAUAGUGGCGUUGGAAAGAGUACUUUGUUGAAGUCUAUUCUAAGCGCAAAUCGUUUUCUGGCUAAAGUGCUGAAACCAAAACCUGUAGAUGGUGUCGAUACAAGGACAGUGGGAAUCAUACCGUACGAUGUAUACACUAAAGACUUUGGAAGAAUCAUCUAUUUUGAUUUCGCUAGCCAGAACGAGUUUUACACGAGCCACUGUGCCAUUCUGGAGAAUGCUGUUCAAACCUCACCACCCAUCAUUAUCCUCUGUGCUAAGCUUGUAGAAAGUGAGCAGGCGAUUAUUGACUCCAUGAAUCGUUGGUUAACCCUCGUCCAAAACCAGUGCACCAAUCUGAAAGGCAAAGCACACGUGAUAGUAGUUGGUAGCCAUGCCGACCAGGUGAAGGAAAUGGGAAAAGAUCCACAAGCCAAAGAGGGAAUCUUUGUCCCCAUUAUCAAACAAUUCCCGAAGUUUGAGUUCACAGAGUUCAUUCCAAUGGAUUGCCGCUUUGCAGAUUCGAAUGACAUGACAAAAGCAAGAAAACAGAUCCAGAAAAGCUCCGCUAUUCUCCGCUCUCCAGAAACCAUCAGCCUAAAUGCUCACACUUUUUACAUCUACCUUACUGAAAGCUUCAAAGACGACCUUGCUUUGUUGUUGGGAAAUGUCUAUGAAAGAAUUAAGAGCGAUCUUAAGGAGGAUAUGUCAAAACGCACUCAAGAUAUUCUUUCUUUCAUACCCAGCACCGUCUCUCACCUUGUAGAGAUCUGCGACCAGCUGCAUAAAAGAGGUCUCCUCUUGUUUCUCUGCAAUGACAGCUCUCCAGAGAAGUCUUUCUUAGUGAUUAACCAAGCAACACUUCUGUCCAGAGUCACUGGGACCGUGUUUGCUCCUGAAAGUUUCCACCAACACUGCCAGCUAGCUUCAAGCACUGGAGUGGUGCCUUUGUCGAAAUUCAAGAAAGAAUUUGAUGGCUUCGACAUAGAGAUGCUGAUUGCCUUCAUGUCCCAUUUAGAGCUUUGUUUCGAAAUCUUAGAUGAGCAACUUUUAGAUUGCAUUUCAAAGGAGAUUGCUUUUUCCACUGACAGAGAUGCUUCUGUUCCUGAGUUUGACACUCGAUAUCUCUUCUUUCCCGGGCUCAUUCGAAUCAAAAUACCAGAGCAAAUGUGGAAAGAAUCGCAAAGAAUCAAGUACCACUUUGGUUGGAUACUCCAAACCUCUCAAGACACAGAGUUUUUCGAUCCUCGCUGCCUUCAGGUCCUCAUUCUGAGGAUAGUGUUCACGUUCCGCCUUGCCCCUCCCAGUAAGAUAAUGCAUGAUGUCCCUUCCCUACAGAAAUUCUGCUCUGUGUGGAAGAGUGGGAUCUGCUGGUGCAAUGAUGAUGGAAUCACUGCACACCUCGAGCUUGCUGAAAAUGGCCGAUCUCUUGUUCUCAAAGUGCGCACUGACACAGUUCGACCUGAAGGUCUGAUUCAUCGCUCCAGAAUUAUGAGCACAAUUCGUGAGACUGUUGAAUGUUUUGGCCGCAAUGUGAACGUGAUUGAAUCAGUGAUUGAUCCAGAUGAAGUUGUCAAGCAUCCUCUGAAAAAUCCCUCUGACCUCUCACUGGUCAACAUCAAAGAUAUUGCAGCAGCUGUCUCCUCCAACAGAAGACUGAUGAAAUCAACACAAUAUUAUGGCCUCACCUUCAAGCACCUCGUACAGUUUGAGCCGUAUGCUGGCCUGAAUCAACCCACCAUACAGUGUAUCCACAGUGACAAAAAUCCCAAGAAAGAUGAGAAAAUCUCCAGAGCUUUCAUUUCAUAUUUUUCCAGCCAAAUUUCUGACCCUGAAAAACAGGAUCAAGUAGUUCGAAACAGUCGCAUGUACAAAAGAAUCCUGAGCCCUUCCAUUGUCAAAAUUCAGUCAGUCAGUCCCAGACAGGAGGUGGUCCAGGCCCUUGAGACGUGGAAGAGUGAGACUGAGGGAACUUACAGCUGUCUGAGGGAGACUCUCAACAAGUACAGCGUCUUCACUGGGAGAAACCCUUUGGACCUAGCGGGUGUGGCUCACAACGAGGUUGAUCUCUCUGUAUUUCCAGAACCUCCUGCUACAGAUGAUGCAGGAGAAGACUUGCUACCACUAGAUAAAGUGAAGAAUGCAGUCAUUGCAAUCACUGCUGACUGGUACAGUCUGGCAAUACAGCUGGAUAUUGACUACAAAACUAGAAAGGUCAUUGAGCGUGACCACCCAUCGUUAGAAGCUGGGUUCCAUGUCAUGUUGCAGCACUGGGUGAGGAGACUCUCCCCUCCCCCCUCCUGGUCGGCCCUCAUUAGAGCACUAAAGUGCCCCAUCAUCAAUCGAGCAGACAUUGCAGCAGACAUGGAGACACAUCAGGAUGUGUUGGGAGUAUGUAGAGAUGGUGAAUUAUCCAUUCCCUCUCAGGAUCAGCAAAAUGUAUUUGUCCAAAAAGAGCCACUCAGUGUGGACCAGCACUUGAAGGUGGUGAGAGAGGUCACAUGGGAAGCAAGAGCCAAAUGGAAGUGUCUGGGAGAACAGUUGGGAGUUACCAUGGGGAAAUUAGAGGAGAUUCAGCACAACCUUCGUCAUGUAGCUGGAGCUUGUUUAACUGACAUGCUGGAGCACUGGUUGACCCAGACCGACCCUCCCCCCUCCUGGUCCGCUCUCAUUGAGGCUCUCAAAUCCCCUGCUCUUGGUCGGGGAGACAUUGCCAGUGAGAUUGAGACUACGAUUGAGAUGAAAUGGCACAUUAAAGAACAUCCCAAGGAUGUGCUCACUAAAGUUGGUGAGGAUGCUAAUUUCUUCAUCAGUGUGAUGUCUCCUGGGCAGGUCUUGUACAACUGGUGCUUUAAUGAUCAGAGUAUAUUAGCCAGCAACGUUAACUAUAGAGGAGCAAAAACAAGGAAACUGGUUGUUUUGAAAUCUUUGUCCAAGCACCGUGGAAUCUACAAGUGUAACGUUACACACAAACUUGAUUCGAAUCUUCACGUCUCUUCAUUUUCGGCUACACUAGAAAUUGAUGGAACCAAAAUUGAAGACAAAGAGUCUAAUCUCCUUGGAAUAAUUUUACAGAAAGUGACCCCACCGCUGGUUGAUGAACCAGAUUUGAAUAUUACGGAGCUACUCAGUGGAACAAGUAAUCUGACUUAUGAAGAGCUACAAAUUGUUCUUGGACGAUCUUCACAAACAUCGUAUUUAUCAACCGAUCUGGAACAGAAAUUGCGAGCACGUAAGCAAUUAUAAUUAUACCAUCAUUCGUACAUUCUAUGAUUUACAUGUACUUCAAGUUGUACUCUUGACACCAUUCACUGUAUAAGGACA